AUGAAUCGAGCAAUUCUAGAGGGCCUCAGGAGGAGAACCUCGGGCGUGCAUGGAACCUGGGUAGACGAGCUGCUGAGCGUUCUAUGGGCGAUGCAGACAACCCCGAAGACGGCUUCAGGCGAAUCCCCAUUCAGCCUUGCGUUCGGGACCGAAGCGGUCCUCCCGCCCGAGAUGGUGUUCUCGACCUUUCGCACCUCGGGUUACAAGCAAGAUGAUUCUGAGGAAGGCCUAAGAGCGCACUUAGACCUCCUCGAGGAAAGGAGGGCCAAGGCCCACCUGCGCACCCUAGCCUAUAAAAAGGCUGUAGCGCGAAUAUACAAUCAAAGAGUCCGUCCCCGUCCAAUCAAGAUCAGAGACCUCGUCCUCCGAAAGGCAGAGAUAACCGACCCGACCCGGACGGGGGGCAAGCUCGCACCCAACUAG